AUGGGGAUUGAGGAUAUCCCACCUUCGGCACAUACUCCACAGAUGGAGAAGACAAAGGACAAAGGCUUGGCACUCCCAACAGUCUUAGAGGAACAAACCAGAAACAACAACCGGACUCCUGAAUCUGUUGAGCAUCGACUACCCUUCGUUGGAGGUUCGUCUCCAACACUAAGAUCCCGAAAAGAGCCGGAUACACUGUUCGGUCUCCGAAAGGAGCAGGAAGAAACGCUGUGCAAUUAUGCUAGGAGGUAUUGGGAAGAGUACAAUGACUUAGAGGAAAAUGUUUGUAGUGAGCAGAUGGCUAUAAUGUCCUUCAAACAUGGUCUGCGCCCGGAAAGUAAGUUGAGACAGUCACUUACCAAGUGCCCAGCCAUAACAUUGAAGGAUUUGCGUGCCAGGAUUGAACAGUACGCUCGCCUUGAAGAUGACCAGAUCCUUAUCGAGGUAGCAUCAGUAGAACAAACAGCUCGGCACAAGAAGAGAACGGAUCGAGGAGAACACUGGGGACUCAUGGCGAAUGAGGUGGACAAGUCCAAAUCUCACAAGGCAGUCGUGAUCGUAUUCAAAGAACCAAUCUAUCGUAUCCUGGAAAAGAUCAAGAGAGAGCCCUUCUUUAUUUGGCCACCGAAAAUGUUAGGAGAUCCAGUUCGGCGUAAUCAGAAGCUCAGAUGCACUUAUCACCAAGACAAGGGGCAUAUGACUCAGAAUUAUAGAGCACUAAAGCAACACCUGGAAGACCUAGUAGCAGCUGGACACCUCCGAGACUACAUCGAUCAGGAUAAAGCAGUGGCCGAAUCGGGGAACCCACCACAAGAACCGAACAACGAGCAUCCACCUCGGCUGGUAAUAAAUGUGAUUCAUGGAACAACGACCCAGAAGUGCGAAGAGGCACUAGAAGAAGAAAUUGCAAAGGCUGUGCAAAUUCAGCAAGUCAUGUCAGUAAAGCCCGCAUCAAAAAAGGUUCACAUAGUACCUAAGUCCCCUUUGUGCACUAUUUCGUUUACUAGAAAGGAUUUAGAAGGCAUACAACACCCACAUACUGAUGCACUAAUUAUAACUAUGGGAAUUGGGAAACGGUUUGACAUAAAACGAGUCCUGAUAGAUCAAGGAAGUGCUGCAGACAUAUUGUAUUAUGACUUGUUCAGAAAGCUCAGUCUCUCUAAGCAGCACCUCACCACAACUGUAACUCCCUUAGUCGGCUUCAAUUCACAGCCAGAGUGGCCACUUGGCAGAAUAGUGUUGCCGGUUGUGGCAGGAACGAAAACACUCCAGAUAGAGUUUUUUGUUAUUAACACACCUUCUCCUUACAACGCCAUACUCGGCCAUCCAUGGAUUCACCAAAUGGAGGCGGUCCCUUCAACUUACCACCAGCUCAUCCAUUUCCCAACGGAACACGGAGUAGAGUAG